AACACGAAACGAAGGAAGCAUUCUUGACGUCAAUGUGACGUCGAGUUAUUUGUAAUGUCGGAGUUGUGUUGGAUUUUAUUCUUAACGGGAUAGAAUCGAUGUUUAGGGCUGUUAACAACUGUUUACUGGAUAAAAGUCAAAGAAUCGGCCCAAUGAGAGACAAAGAAGUAAAAAAUGAUCAUUUGGCCAGAACUAUGGCAUCGAAUGGAGACAACGAUUUGUUUCAUCAAGAACAGAGAAGGAACGAUAGGGAGAAGAUCAGAAAAAAAUUAGCAGCUAUGGAUUCUGAUAACGAAGACGUCAACAUCACGUACGAAACCAAUGGCAAGAAAAUGGCCGAUGGAGUCAAUUUACAGAUCUGUUUUGUUAACGACACCUGUGAUAAGGAAACAGAAACCACUAAAGUGUUCAGGAAUUCACAAAAUCUAAAACAGUAUCCUGCCAUGAGCCGAUAUGGAAUACCCGUCGAAACUCAAAACUUUAGUAAUCUGUCCGGAUGUCGCUCCGCUCAGUCAUAUCCCUACUGGCAGAGGCCCUCGAUUUUCUUCAAUCGGCGCCUGAAGCUCUUAAAGAGCCAGAUCGACAAUAAAAAGGAUAGGAAGACCUUAAUGAAGGAAGAUAUCGUCCUGUAUCAUUCUAGACUUCAGUCUGAAGUCAGGAUAGCUCUGUCGCAGGCCAAAGAUAUGGCCCGAAUGCAAAUAUUGGUUGAGAGACAGCAGAGAAGGAUCUCGCCUCUCUCCAGCUUGGUCGGCUUCACUUUUCCGGAAGGUUGGUGCAAACUGGACGGAGAGAUACUGAAUAAUAUGAACCUUGCUCAGAUUCAGGUCAUCGUCAACGAUCUUCACUCUCAGAUAGAAAAUCUGAAUGACGAGUUAGUGAGACUUCUGUUGGAACGAGACGACCUGCACAUGGAACAGGAUUCUAUGCUGGUCGACAUAGAAGAUCUGACUCAGCAUCUGGGACUCAAAGGAACUAGAGAAAAAUGAUUAUCUGCACACUAAAAAUAAUCUAACUUGAAAACUAUUGUGUGUUCACCUUUGAAAAUUUACUUAAUAUUUGCACAAAUACUUUUGUUGUUAUUGUUGUUUUUUGAUAUAAAUAAUGUGAUUUAUUGCAAGAUAUUUUAGAUGAGUUAUUUUUGAUGCAUUUAAUUCUGCAUUUGAUAAGCAUGAAUAUAUAUAUAUAACUAUA